AUGGCUAAGGGCAAACCUCCUCAGCAUUCUUUUCAGUCUCCCAUGGAAGAUCAUAGUAGUCCCUAUUUUCUUCACAAUGGUGAUCAUCCAAGUCUCUCUCUGGUUUCUCUUUCACUUGUUGGAUCUGGUUCAAACUAUCAUUCUUGGCGCCGAUCAAUGGUUACAGCUCUAAAUGCUAAAAACAAACUUGGGUUUGUAGAUGGAACCAUCUCACGUCCUGCUGCAACAGAUCUCCUUGCUGGUCCUUGGUCUCGCUGCAACAGCAUGGUCGUAUCUUGGCUCUCUAACUCGGUUUGCAAAGAAAUUGCAGAGAGCAUCCUCUAUCAUGAAACAGCCAUCGAAAUAUGGAAUGAUCUAUACGAACGAUUUCAUCAGGGCAGUGGUCCUCGAAUUUUUGAACUCAAGCAAAAAAUUCUUGCUCACACUCAGGGAUCGGCUGAUGUCAAUACCUACUAUACUCGACUAAAAUCCUUGUGGGAUGAGCUUCGAGAAUUCAAGGCGAUACCGGUUUGCAAUUGCGGUGGCAUGCGUGUUUAUAUGGAGGAUCAACAACGAGAAUCUGUGAUGCAAUUUCUGCUGGGUUUGAACGAAUCCUUUGCUCCGAUUCGAGCUCAGAUCCUGUUGAUGGAACCGACUCCUCCGCUGAACAAAGUUUUCUCCCUGGUUGUUCAAGAAGAACGACAACGAUCUCUUACCACAUCCAACUCUCCGGCAUUCACUGCUCCUGUUUCCUCCAGAUUUCAAGCGGCAUCCAGAGCUUCUUCUCCUACUAAUGCCUCUCGAUCAAGAAAUGAUCGCCCACUCUGUACCCAUUGCAACAUCUUGGGUCACACAGUUGAUCGGUGCUACAAAAUACAUGGGUAUCCACCUGGAUUCAGAAAUAGGCCCAACUUCAGGCCCAAUGGUUCUCGCCCAAAUCAGAUGCUACCCAAUAGUCUUCACACGAAUCAGUUAACUCUCACAGAUGGCUCCACCGCUUCUGCAUCUCCACCGCCUCUCACUCAUGACCAGCACAAUCAGUUAUUGGCUCUCUUGAGUUUGCACAACUCGAGUGGCUCCUCUGCCUCAUUCGAUGACAGCAACCCGCUUCAGCAAUCCAUUUCCAACUUCACUGGUAUCCUUUCUCUUUCUCCUUCAUCAUCCACUCUCAACCCUAGCAUUUGGAUUUUACAUUCAGGGGCAACCCACCAUGUUUGCACUAAUUCCUCCAUGUUUCACUCUAUUCAUUCAUUUUCUUCCAACACUGUCACUUUACCCACUGGUACAAAAAUACCAAUCACCGGAAUAGGCACCAUUCAUCUGUCACCUCAUCUCGUGCUUGAACAUGACCAUUCACAGGGGAAGCUGAUUGGGAUGGGUAGACGUCAAGGCAACCUUUACCUCUUAGAUAGCUCAGCCUUUCGUUCUAUUUCCUCUGUAUUCGUUGUUGAUAACAACACUUCUGCUCAUAAACGUUUGCCAUUUGAUUGCCAUAAUAAUUUAUCUUCUUCUCCUUUUGAUCUCAUACACUGUGAUAUUUGGGGUCCAUUUCAUAUUCCCACACAUGAUGGAUUUCGUUAUUUUUUGACAAUCGUUGAUGAUUGUACAAGGAAUACAUGGGUUCAUCUUCUACGUGCUAAAUCUGAUGUCAAGACCAUUUUUCCACAAUUUUUCUCCAUGGUUAAAACCCAGUUUGGUCUCACAAUUAAAGCAGUUCGCAGUGACAAUGCCCCUGAAUUAAAUCUGUCCAAUCUCUUUACCCAACUUGGUUACAAAAUUCUAGACUUAGAGACCAACCGAAUAUCUGUCUCUCGGAAUGUUAUCUUCCAAGAAUCUGUGUUUCCUUUCAAGUUAUCUCAGAAUAAUAACUCUGUUGCUUCAGAUUUCUUUUCUGAAAAGGUGCUGCAUGUUGUACCAGUUUCUACCCCUUCCCCUUCUUUUGAUAAUUUGACUUCACAUCCUAACAGCCCUGACUCUUCCUCCAAUGACACUUCACCUCAUACCUCCUCCCACACAACCACCAGAUCUUCUAGAGUAUCCCAGCCACCCAAAUAUCUCUCUGAUUAUCACUGUUAUUUAGCUUCUUCUACUCCUCAUUUUGAUAUAUCCAACUCCACUCCUUACCCCUUAUCUGAUGUCAUCUCCUACAAUAAACUUUCCCCUUCUUUUCGUGCAUUUUCUAUUUCCAUUUCCACCAUCACAGAACCAACAACAUAUGCUGAGGCAGUCGUUGUACCCGAGUGGCAGCAUGCUAUGCGAGCUGAACUGCAAGCUUUAGAGUCCAAUAAUACCUGGUCUUUGUGCACUCUACCCCCUGGAAAAACAGCAAUUGGUUGCAAAUGGCUUUAUCGUGUUAAAUAUCAUGCUGAUGGUUCUAUUGAAAGGUACAAAGCACGACUUGUUGCCAAAGGGUUCACACAGCAGGAAGGUGUUGAUUUUUUUGAUACUUUUUCACCUGUUGCCAAGAUGGUUACUGUCAAGGUAUUACUCUCUCUUGCUUCUAUUUACAAUUGGCAUUUGACUCACCUUGAUGUCAACAAUGCAUUUUUGCACGGUGAUCUGUCUGAAGAAGUUUUCAUGCAUCUUCCUCCUGGUUAUCACCGUGAGGGGGAGCCUUUAUUACCUUCCAACACAGUUUGUAAGUUACACAAAUCCAUCUAUGGCUUGAGACAAGCAUCUAGGCAGUGGUUUGCAAAAUUCUCUGGUGUUCUAAUCUCUGAAGGCUUUCAGCAAUCUCAUUCAGAUUAUUCUCUAUUUAUCAAGACAGCAGGAAAUGAUUUUAUUGCUUUGUUAGUGUAUGUUGAUGACAUAAUAGUUGCUAGUAACAACAAGAUUGCUGCUGAUAAUUUGAAGAAUUCUCUCAACAAAAGCUUCAAAUUAAAGGAUCUAGGAAAUCUCAAGUAUUUUCUUGGACUUGAAGUAGCUAGAUCAGCUAAAGGGAUCCUGAUAAACCAGAGAAAAUAUGCUCUGGAACUCCUAUCUGAAACAGGCUACUUAGGAUGCAAACCUGCCAAAACUCCAAUGCAACCGAAUAUGCAACUUUCUCAAGAUGAUGGAGAGCUGCUAACAGAUCCCAGCAUGUACAGAAGGCUCAUAGGGAAGCUUAUAUACCUUACUAUCACCAGGCCAGACCUAACUUACUCGGUGAACAAGUUGAGCCAAUUCCUAAGUCAACCGAGGAGACCACAUUUGCAAGCAGUCUAUAGGAUUCUUCAAUAUAUCAAAGGCUCACCAGGCAAAGGUAUUUUCUUCUCAGCUUCCUCAUCUCUUCAAUUAAAGGCCUUCUCAGAUUCUGAUUGGGCAGCAUGCCCAGAUUCUAGAAAAUCAGUUACUGGAUUUUGUAUAUUUCUUGGAGAUUCUUUGAUAUCAUGGAAAUAA